UUCCGUGCGUUUCGUUUGAUAUCAUAUCACAGUCUGUACACCGUGUGCGCGGUUCCGCGGCGCCGCCGUCGCGCGUCAAAUCCAUCAUCGCCGGUGCGGUUGCAGUAAUAAUAAUAAUAAUAAUAAUAAUAAUUAUAAUUAUAAUUAUAUAGGUUGGUACCUUAUAAUAUUGUGUUUUUCGCCCGCCGCCGAUUUUGGUUCCGUUUGUUUUCUAUUUCGUCGUCCGCCUUUGUACGCCGCAUUCGUCCGCUGUUGCUUUUGAAAAUAAUAUUAAUAUUUCAAUAAAAUAGUUCGUCUUUCGUGUUUUUCGACCGAGUGCGUCCGGUCAAAACAUUGUGCGUUCGGUUUGCCGGCUUGACCGACGUCGUCGUGAGAACUGCGCUAUAGUCACCGCAAAAGCCGAAAAUCUGACGUCGACUUACGAAGGAUAUUGUACGCGCAGCAGGAUUUGAACGCAAGGUGUUACCCACUAUCGAGAACAACGUUACAGACGCAUAAUAUUAUUAUAUGCGCGCGUCAUUUAUUGUGGCGUUCAAUAUGACUAUGACUGUCGGAGUUGUUCAAUACCGUCCGACAUAACAUGAACGAACAGAUCAUUACCCAAGGACAAUGGUGCCGUCACUGAACAACAGAAUAACGGGACAAAAACAUCAUGUUUAACAGAAAUGUUUUCAAACACCAAUGAUCAUAAACAAAAUUUGACACAAGAUUAUCUUAUUAACUAUUUGCGUUCAAGACUUUUACUUUCAAGUGUAAUGUCAUCGAAACGUAAAUCACCGCCGUCCAAGUUGCUGGAGAACGCCACGAGCGCACCGGACACGACAACGACGGCUGAGACGACGGUUGCAGCGACCGCGGUCGAAGAGAACGGUGGUGGCAGCAGUAGCAGUCACUCGGACGACGGUUACACUUGCAGUAACGGUACCGAAGUCGUCGACAACUGCGAAACGAUCAUGGAAACGGCCACUGCGUCGGCCGUGCAGACGACGGACAGGAGCUGCGGCAGCCCGGCCGUGGCCAAUAGCCCACCGCCGUCGUCAGCGGCUGCCCGGCCAGCCAGCAGUAGCGGCGGCACGUCACCGUCACCGUCAUCGGACAGCGAGAACAGCAGUAGCGGCGGUGGACGGUUCGCUUCCGGUUCGUCUCCCGUAGGCGGCAGCGGCCGACAGUCAUCCAACAACAACAAACGACAACGCACCGAAAGCCCCUCGUCCGCGGCGGGGUCUGCUGCGGCCGCGGCUGCCGUGGCCGCUCUCAGAGUGUCGCCGUUUGCCACUUACGCCAGACAAAACACUACGGGAUCGCCGCCCCAACAUCAGCCGUCGGCACAUCCGCCACCUCACAUCGCAUCGUUUUUGACGCUUAACCAUGGUGCCGCUUUCUACGAGACAGCCGUUGCCGCGGCAGCGUACGAACGAGCGUUCAUGAACGCCGGCGGCCAUCACGUUCAACAGCAGCAGCAGCAGCAGCAGCAGCAGCAGCAACAGCAACAGCAACUCCCCGCCUCGUAUCAUCACAUGAUGGACAACGUUCAGGCGGCGGCGGUGGCUGCCGCUGCGGCUGCCGGUUCAUCUUACUUCGACAUCGAACAGCGUUUACUUCGCAAAGGCGGCGUCGACGAUGCCGAAAAACUCGCUCAUCUCAUGCACCUGAACAACAACACUUUCAUGCACAACCACAACAAUAACAACAACAACAACAACAACAACAACAACAACAUGAUGUCUCCGGUCGGCGGGCCGGCCGUCAAGCGAACCAUGGACGACGUGCUCAAGAAACUCUCGUCGAAAAAACACAUCAGAGACGAACACGGCGUCCAGGUGUCCGGCCGUCCCGAUUCGCCUUCGCCCAAAACCAGUAAACCGGAUAUUGGCACUCUGACAGAACACAGCGAAGAUCCUUCAGGGGCUCCCCCAGGCAUGGAACUACUGCAACACUUGCAAGGUGAUACCACUACGAUAGUCGAAAAAGAACGCAAACUGUCUGAGAUGAUAUUGCAGUUACAAUUGUUUCGGGAACAACUCCUUACUCAACAAGACCAUCCGAACAAGUUCAACCACCUGAAAGGAAUACCAAGCCUUCCGAACCCUCAGUCUCUGUUCUUCCUGCCGUUAUUGGACCAACUGCGCGGCCUGUCGCAUUGUUCCAACGCGGCGGCGCUGGCCAGUCAACAGCAACAGACUUCCACUACGACGGCAUCCACCAAUUGCAACGUCAUGCCAACAGCCGUAUGGUCCAACAACGGCCGACCGCCGUCCACGUCGUCAGCCAGCCAAUGUUCCAUGCAACUGCAACAGGAACAGCAGCAGACAUCGCCGCCGGGCCAGACGCAGCAACAACAACAGCUGCAGCAUCAAACGACGACUGCUGACCCAGAUGCGCCGCUGAAUCUAACCAAACGCAAGUCGCCCACGCCGCAACCGCAUCCGCCAUCAUCAACGACACCACAACACCACCUACAACAUCUCCAACAGCAGCACCACCACCACCAGCAACAGCAGCAGCAACAGCAACAACAGCAACACCAUCAUCUCCAGCAGCAGCAGCAGCAGCAGCAACAACAGCAACUGCAACACCAACUGCAACAACAAGCCAACAACAUGUUUGCGCCAAGGAGUUCGGGUGGCGCCAGCUGGAACUCAUCGUCGUCUUCGCCACCAGCCACCACGCCAGGAACGGCCAACAGGAGGUCUGGUUCCGGUCAAGGAUUGGUCAGUCCACCGGCCGCGGCCACGCCAAAACUCCUUCCACCACCUAUACCGGUGACCAGAGGAUUCAUGCCGUACGCUGGCAUACCACAACCUCCUCCGCAGCAUCACUCGUCCGCCGGAGGCAAAAUAAGCCUAUCGCCCAGUAAGGACAAGAUGUCACCAUACUCAGGAUUCCAGCUAUGCCCACCUCAGCUCCACAGGGACGAUCAUUCCGAAAACAUGGAACUAUCUUGGGGACCCAAUGAUCCAAAUUUCAAACUUGCUGACGAUACUAGUGACAGAGGUCGCAUGAUACGGCAGCAAAAGAAAGAUGGCGAGCACAUCAAGAGACCGAUGAACGCAUUCAUGGUUUGGGCCAAGGACGAGAGGCGAAAGAUCUUGAAAGCCUGUCCCGACAUGCACAAUUCGAACAUUUCUAAAAUAUUAGGUGGCAGGUGGAAGGCAAUGUCGAACUCAGACAAGCAGCCGUACUAUGAGGAACAGUCUAGGCUGUCCAAGUUGCACAUGGAAAAGCACCCAGACUAUCGGUAUCGACCCAGACCGAAACGGACGUGCAUCGUGGACGGAAAAAAGAUGCGGAUAUCCGAGUACAAGACGCUGAUGCGGCAGCGGCGAAACGAGAUGCGGCAGCUGUGGUACAGGGGCGAGGGAGCUGGUCCUUCCGGUUCCGGGCCGGACGUCGCCGGCACUAGUUUUGGGUAUCCGCCCGAUGGAUCCAUAUCACCGGACUUGAUGUACUCGCCGGCUAACUCGCCUUCGUUCGGCGGGGACAGCCACGACGAGGACUAGGCGACGCGACGGACUCGCUAUACAUCGCUAUCGCUUGUCCAGCGUAGUGUUUUUGUACCAACGAAAGCCGUGUGCGACGCCAUAAUCGCGUGUUAAAUCCAUCGCUAUCGGUCCACUGCAGCGCAGCUACCACUCGGUCAUCGGUGCAGAACGCCACUGUAUUCAAUACCGAUCGACACCCACAGUAAUUCCUCCACGCCACGUCCACGACGAUCGGUGAAACAGGCCAGUACUCCACGACUACCGACAGUACCUGUAUAUUGUAUAUUACACUAUAUAAAGUGCGUUAGUAGACAUGGAAAUAGUCAAAAACAAACCUCUCCUCCUCAUCUUUAUGAAUUUUUUUUUUUUUUUUUUAAUAUAUCGUGUACAAAAAUGUGUAUACAUUUUUAUUAUUAUUAUUAUUAUGAUUUUUUUUUAAUUAAAUGAUAUUAUUAUAGUUAAACAAAAAAGCCGAGGAAAAAAUGUAUAAAAAAAAAAUUACCUACAUCGCGUUUAUGAUAUUAUUUAUGUUAUGUGUAUUUUAGCGGUUGUGAUUACUUCACCGCUGCCGAGAGCGUAUACAAUAUAAACUAUUAUUUAUAUGUAUUAUUUUAUACAUAGCUUAAAAAUAUCGAAUGUAGGAUUUCUUUCGCACCUGUAUUAUAUUAUUAUAUUGGUACGUUAAUUAUUUUGUACAGACAUAACUUAGUAUAAUAUCGAUUGUAUAAUUUAUCGAAAAAAUAUGUGAAAUUCCGAAAAAAAAAAUAAAGAAAAAACAACAAAAAAAAAACGUCGUCUUAUAGCGGUAUUACUGGUGUGAUGUGUAUGUGUGUGUGUGUGUGUGUGUGUAAAUAUGAUAUUUUUUGUGAUAACGUUUCAUUACUUAUACACAUACGCGCGCGCGAACGCUCUUGUCGCGCGUAGUAUGUAAUGUACUAUAAUAAUGUCGCGUGUGUAGGCGUAUCGCGCCUAUAUAUACCUAAAAUUACCUACCUAUGUGCAUAUAGUGAUUUCGUGAGUAGGUUAUAUCUUUAUAAUAUUAUUAUAUAUUAUGUGUCGUACGAUGACGGAUCGAGUGCGACGGCAGAAUAGUAAAUUAAUUUAUCGAAAUUAUAUAUAAUAUUGUAUAUUUGUAUAUAUAUAUAUAAGUAGCGAGUAGUGGCAGCAUAAACGUGUAAUAUUAUAAUACUUUGUUUUUGUUUUCUCGAACUGGGACAAGAGACGUGCUUGGUAUAAUACAACAUACACAGUUUUUGGUACGCACGGAUGGUCGGCGUCGUCGGCUUUAUGAUCUCUGUUUUUAUUAUUAUAUGUUUUAUUUUUAUCGUGUUUUAAUUUUUUUUUUGUGUGUGUGUGUGUGUGUGUGUGUGUAAAUGUAACGAUUUUUUUCUAUUCAUAGUUUGUAAAUAGUUUUGAUUCGCUCGAAAUCGGACACUUUUACAUACGUAAUUUGGAAGACCCUGUAUAUAUACAAAUAUAUAUAUAUAUAUAUAUUCGUGUAUCAAAAUAUGUUCUUAAAACACAAUAAUAAAAUACUUAUAUUAUGUGUAAUAUACUGUAUGCAUAAUAAUAGUAGAUAGAUAAUAUAUUACAUAUACAUGUAUGGCCGUAUGGGUAAGUGUAUUGAAAUGAAUUUCGCUAUUUAUCUUCUCUGCGGACAUCGUCUUACGAUCCCAUUACCCCCGGAGCCUUCGAGAUCGUCAAAUACAGUUGUUGUAGCUUAUUUUUCGUUUUUUCAACUACCUACUCCCGCGACAAACGUUUGUUUUUAUUUUAUUUUUUUUAUGUACAUAUAUGGAUAUAGUUUUUAUUUGAUUUAUAUAUAUUAUAUAAUAUUUAA